AUGGAGCUCCCCUCAGAGAGAAGCCGCAAAGCCGCACAGCCUCGGCCCUGUGCACGUUCCCGUCCCGAGGCAAAGACCUCUUCCUUAGGCACCCGCCAGCGAAAGCCUCGCCAGCGAGGUGCAGUAGAAGGUGGGGGGGAUGCACCCGGGAUCUGCAGCUUGCGCCGAAAGCACUGGUGCUGGCUCGCGUCGCUGGGUGCAGUAUGCAUGUGGUCCAUACUCGUCUUUUCAAUCUGGCGGGAGUUGCAGGACGGGCCAAAGAUGUCCGCAGAGAUGCAGCCGAGUGUUGUCGGAACGUUGCAAAGCAGGGUUAUUACCUUGGAAAGAGAACUAUCGCGAGCAAAGGAGGAAAUUGCUGAGAGGGACAGGCUGCUGGUGGACUUGCAGCAGAGGGCUCGUGAUGAUGCGCGCCUUGAUCAGUUGGCUCCGGCGCUAGCACCCACACCACCUCCGAUGUCUCCUUCGGAGUUUGCGAAGCUGGCAGGCGCCUCUGGAGUGGCAGAGCCCUGGCCCUCGCCGCAGCUGCGCGGCACUGCGAAGGCUGCGACCUCCGCGACCUGCGACUUCCAGCAGGAUGUGGACUACUUCCUCUUGGCAGGACGUGGGAAGGAGGAGAUGGUCAAGGCUAGCUCGAACAAGGCGGAAUGCUGCCAAAUCUGCAUGGACAAGAAUCGUCAGACGCCGGGCGCCUGUACGGUGGCCGUCCUGAGCUCUUCCUCGGACUCCCCGCCUUCUGGAUGCUGGAUCAAGGGUGCCGGCUCCAUGAAGAUCCUAGCGGCCCUAAAGCCCAACUUGAAGCCCGGGGUCAUGGCUUGUUUUCCACCUGGGCACGGCGAGAUGCCUACUGUGCCGACGGCACCACCCGUGGACAGCACGGCAGUUGCGGAGCACGAGAAAGGUCUAACUCUCCUCAUGUCUUCGGUAACAACGCAGGACAUGCGUGCCAAUGCAGUGCGAGAGGCGAUUCGCCACGCCUGGUCGUGUUACAAGACCUUUGCAUGGGGCAACGAUGAGCUGCUGCCCAUAGCUGGCAAGGGUCGAAACCGUGGCUUCAACCUGGCUGUGACGAUGGUGGACUCUCUGGAUACGCUCUGGCUCGCCGGCCUCAAGGAGGAGUUCAACGAUGCCAGGGACUGGCUCGUAGCCCACAUUCACAACAAGAUCAACGCGAUCGGCAAGACUGUCUCGGUUUUCGAGACCACCAUCCGUGUGCUGGGUGGUCUGCUGGCAGCGUAUGACCUUUCCAAGGAGAGCGCUUUCCUGGAUCUGUCAGUGAAAAUGGGGCAGAAGAUCCUGGCCGUGGUGACCGCCAGAGGCGUCACUCCCUACACCUUCGCCGGCGGACGUGGAGGCAGCGGUUGCCCAAGCCUGGCAGAGUCGGGAACGCUUCAGCUGGAGAUGCGGUACUUAUCCCACAUGACCGGGGACCAGACCUUCGCAGCGAAGACCAUGAAGUUCUACGAGACGGUGAGAGGCUACAAGAGCUUGGACGGGCUGUGGCCCAACUGCUUCGAGCGAGGCAGAGGAAAAAUCACCUUUGGUGCAGAUGGCGACUCUUUCUACGAGUACCUGUUGAAGGUUUGGAUACAGGGCGGAAAGCGCCAGGAAGAAGACUACCUGAAAGGAAUGUACGACAAGGCUGUGGAAGGUAUGGAGAAGCACUUGGUCAAAAAGGGCGCCGAUGGCCUGACCUACCUCGGCACGGCAACCUGGGAAGCGACCGGUGCCAGCUACGUGCAGGAGAUGGAGCAUCUCACCUGCUUCGUUCCCGGGUGGAUAGCUCUCGGAGCACAGCAGUCGCCAGAUGAUCUUCGGCAGCGCCGGAUGCAACUGGCCGACAGCAUUGCAUACACUUGCUGGCAGAUGUACGAAAAGCAGCCAACAGGCAUCGGUCCGGAGAGGGUCAAAGGCGAGGCUAUGGACCUCUCCAAGACCAACACGAAAGAGUACAUCCUCAGGCCGGAGGCGGUCGAAGGCUGGUGGUACAUGUGGGAGCUGACUCAGGACUCCAAGUACCGCGACUGGGGUUGGAAGACGCUCCUUGCCUUCGAGCCGCCUGGCAAGAACAAAGUGCUCGCUAUGGCCUCGCUUCCGCUCCCGGAACUUUGGCGGCACCGUACGCCUUCAUCCCUGGUCAGCGGCGUGGCUUUGCUGGGAGAUGAAGGCGGCGGUGUGCGCACGCUGGCGCAGUUGCUGGCUGUCGGGGCAACGCCCGUCGAGGGCUUGACUGCAAUUUUGUUCCCCUCGGGCCUCCCCGCUCGGCCGCUGGUCUUCUCCACGGUGAUGACCGACAGUUUCACACACCGGACCUUCGUUGGAGUGCAGAUCUCAUACCAGUCUUGGUCUGGCAUGAGUGCGGAGCCAAGAAAGCAGGGCAGACACCCGGAGCCCCUGGCAACCUGCGCAUGGUCACAUUUGCCGGAAGUCGCGAGUCCGAACUUCUUAAAGUUGAUGCUGAAGAUUCACAGCUGCCUCGAGGAUUCCUGCGAGAGCCACGCGGUCCUGGCACAGACCUUUGCCCGGAUCUGGGGUUGGCUGGUCCACGAAGUCCCAGCACCCCCACCGGGCACGGCCCUCUUUCUGCACGGCAUCGGCGCAUCCGAUGUAUCCCCAUUCUGUGCGGUGGAAAGACCCGCGUGUGGACUUCCUGCCGUUUAUGUUCCGAGCUCCCUCCAGCAACUGCUUACACGAUUGAGCAUUUCGGCCCUGCUGCUGGUAAUCCGCUUGCUGCUCUUGGAACAGAAGGUCUUGUUUGUCUCCUCAUCUGUUGCGUUUCUGACCACUGCAUGCGAAGCGUUCUCAUCCAUCCUGAUGUUUCCCCUGGCUUGGGUGCACUGCUACAACCCGCUGCUACCAUCGAUGGAUUAUUUGGCAACGCCUCCUCCAUUCCUUUUCGGUUGCCUACGCGACAUCUUCCUGAAAGACAGCUUUGCAGACUCCCACGACCUGCUCUCGAGUGAAAUUCUGGCGGCCGACCGGGACUUUUCCAUCUUUGAUCUGGACACGGGAGACAUUCACCCGACGGACGCGACGCAAGAUGUCUCUGAUCUGCCGGACCUGCCGGAGGCGGCGCAAAGCCGGUUGAGAUUUAGCCUUACAGAGCUGCGCUCGAGGUUCGAGGCCUUCCAAGAUCUCUGGCCCGAGAGAAGUUUCAAGGACUCUGAUGGCUUCGACUUCGACGCAUCGGUGCAAAGGAUCUUCUUGACUUUCACCUCCGAUUUGUUGGGCGAUGUGCCUGGCUCGCUUGGUCCCUCCUGCGAGGUUGCGACGGCAGCCUCGGUGCUCGAGUCUUUCCAAGAGGGCCAGUUCCUCUCCAACGUCUCUGCAAAGGACAAGCCCUUUUUCCAGUCCUUCGUGCAAACCAACGCCUUCCUGGCGUACCUGCAGACGCUUCACCUUUUCGGUCCCUCGAAGUCCCCCUUCGCGGAGGCCAUGCACACCGCGCAGACCGCGCAACAGACACAGGCGUCCAUGCGAAGCACGGCCGCGCGGUACAUCUUGCCAAAGCCCUCCUUUGCGGUGUCGGAGCCGUGCUCGCAGGAAGAAGCAGUGGACGGGAUUGGGCGGGCGGCGAUCGUACUCCAGCAGCACAACCCUCCUCUGCAAUUGCACCUCUCCUUUGCAUCCUUGGAGGCGAAGGAGGAUUCGCCUUCCCGGGCAACAGCCCCCCUCCAAGGCAUGCCCCAUGGGGGAGUGGUGAUGGCAGAAUGGGUGCGGAGAGACUCUGGUGAUGGCCGGGCGCAGGCGGAGCCCAUCCCAAUUUCGGAGCCCGUCCAACACGCGGAGCCCGUGGAUUUGAUUGGCUGCUGGGGGAGCCUGGUGUCGGCUUUUCGUGAGGAGGCCGCCUUGAGAAGGAGUGACCUGGCAGCCAGUGCGGCUGGCCUACAAUGCCCUCAAUGGACACGGCAACUUUGCUUGGGAUUUUACGAAACAUUGGCAAGCGACGAGGGCCAGUUUCACGGAGACAUGGCCGACUUUUGGACGUCGGCUGUCUUGUUGUAUGCAGUCUUGGCGCGCAGGUUGUCGGCUCCGGAUGAGUUUCUGUUGCAGACACACCUGGCAAUCGUCGACAGGCCAGCUGCAUUGCCGACGCACCGAAUGCUGGCACUGAUGGGCAAUUUGGAGCCCCACCGCCUCAGCGAAGUACUGCAGUUGAACCGUCGCGAUCAGCCACUCUCUGAAUCGACGGUCACGGACUCGAUGUGCUACGCGCGCCGGCUGCUCGCAAUCGCCAACCCAUCGGCCCUUGCUUUGGCAGAGGUAGAUGACCCGGCUUUGGCUUUCGUUUGCCCUGGUUCCGACGAAGAGGGGGACCCUGUCUCUCCUCGACACACCCUAGCCAAUCCGAUGGUGACGUACGAGCAGAUGAGGGACCUUUGCCAGGAGCCUUGUGAGCCCUGCGUGGAGCUGUUGCCUUUCCAGGGGCCGAGCCAGACUUCGGUGCUGAACCACCGGCGUUUCUGCAGUUGGACCGACCGAGACCCGGAGUUGCUUUCCCAGGACCUCCUCAUCGGAGCCUUCCGAGCAGCCAGUGCCGCCAGUGCCAGUGCGGGCGCGAGCACGGUGAGCGCAGGGAGCAGGGAAGGCGGGAACGGGUUUCGGCGGAAGCUGGAGCGGCUUCACGAGCCCUUGGCGGAGCUGCAGUGCGUGACGCUGCAGGGCAAGAGACUGGAGGCCUGCCUCAGCUUCUGGUUGAACUGCCUCAAUGCGGCCACGCUGAUCGCUGCGACUUCACCCUCAAAAGUUGGGAUUUCUGAGAUCCCACAAACAAUGGGAGCAUGGGAGGAGCUGCUGAACACGGCACGACUGGAGGUUCAGGGACACGUGAGGAGCCUCGCUGAGAUGGAAGACGGCCUGGUUCGUUCCGACCACCUCUCCCCAAGCUCUCCAAGUUCUCCGUCCUCACCUUUGGGCGAGUCGCCGCCACGACACGAGCGGAUCUUGAAGCGCCCAGUGCCUCAGGCUAUCUUUGGCAUCCACAGGCCCACAAGUAGCCACCCUCCGCUGCGGCUCUUCCAGGCCAAUGCCGUACUGGCCCAGCUGGAUCUGAAUGCGGUGCAUCUGCUGAUACGGGCCUCUGUUGAUGGCUGGAGGCGCAAAGUGUUGGUUCCUGGCUUCCUCGAAAACUUGGAAUUGGAAGCAGAGGGUCUGCUUGAACUCAUGGUGUCACUUCUGCAAAAGGCACCUGACCGAGCGGCUGAGCUGGAACUUGCAACCGGUCUUGAGCCGCAGGCCGACCAGCAGCUCCUGCCAAAGACAAAGGAGCUCCUAAAGCAGUUGGAAGCAUUGCGACGUGAGAAAGCCGGCAGUCCCUUUGCUGGGGUUCGAGUCGAGUUUUCGGACGUCGAUUGGGCCUUUAAGGCCCCUGAAACUGUGUGCCACCUGCUGGCCGAUGCGCGAAGGCUUCCAAAAGACAUGUCGAUAUCGUGGGCCCAUUUUGCUGCUUUGAUUGUGGAGUGCUGGUUCGUGUCAUGGUAUGCUUCGUUGAAGGAUGUGCGACAGACUUCCAAGAGCUACUUGGACAGGAUGGAGAGCUUCUUCAUCGCAGAGACUUUGAAAUACCUUCUUUUGCUCCAGGCCGAGCACGACGUGAAGCUGGACCGCUAUGUGUUCAACACGGAGGAGAGACCUCAACACAGGCGCCUGGCCGCGUGGGGAAGCCAAGUGACCGGACGCAGGCGGGAGAGCCCUCCCCCUUCCCAGAACGGAAAGCCCGGCCGGCUGCGUGUCUUUUCCGAGGCAGAGGAGGAUGAGCUCGGGAUUGGGACCCUGCUCGGCGACUAUGAGGAACAAGGCGUGAACCAUGGUCGCCCGACAUACCAGAAGGUGGUGGACGCGCCUAGCCAAGACGAGGUCAGCGUUUUCGUCUACUACUGGGACCAACGCGAUGGUGUCGACUUUUCGGGUUGGUGGUUCGGCGACAAGGUCGGCGGAUCCCAGGUCUGGUCCCGUGCCACAGACAACGGCAAGGCUCCACCAGAGCGGGGCUGGAAGGUGCCCUGGGAUGGAGAAGCCCCGGAUGGGUUGCUUUGCGUCGAGGUUCUCAAUGCCGGCAUGGCGCAGCCGGUUUCAACAAGCAGCCCUACAGUGCCACCCAAGGCAGUGAAGGCCAAGGUGCAGGAACCAGAUGACACGGACAAGGAUCUGCUGAAAGAGCGUAUCCGCUUAGCAACGGAUCGAGUUACCUCAGCAGAAGCGGAAGCACAGCAGGCGAUCAGAGCGGCGAAGGAUAUGCUGGCUGCGGAGGACGUUGAUGAAGCGACGAUCCUGGAAGCGGACUCGCAACUCAAAGCCCAGAUGGAGACAAUUCAGGCAGAACACAAGGACAUUGCGAAGGAGGUGCAGGAUGCGCGAGCAAACGGCUCAACCCAAGGCACUGUGGGGGAGUUUGCUCGGCUACUGCCCAGACUCCGGGCGCUCCAUGCGAGUUGUGAGAAAGAGCUCUCCACCGUCAAGAUAGCCUUGGCCAAGGUCAGGAAGGCUGUGGAGCAUGCCAAGCAGCAGGCCAGUGCCGCAGAGGCCGCCGCCGAGGCGGAGCAGAAGGAUGUCCUCGCCUUUCAGGCAGCGCUGCCCCAGGCAAUGCAGGUCGUCACCGACGCCGAGGAUGCUGUCGAGACGGUGGCCAUCCUUGCGGCGGCUGUGUCCAUCGACGAAGAUGUUCCAGAUGCCGGCGAGACUCAGACGAAGGCGAUCCAGGAUAUCGAGAAGGCUGCGACGAAGGCAUCCGGCAACUUGAUCGAGGCCAAGAAGAUCGUCCAAAGUCGCCUCGUGGAGAUAAAGCGCUAUGCGCCCGAGGCAAAGAAGGUGGCAAUGAAGGAGUACCAGGAUCUCGACCGCAAAAUCCUCGAGGCUUCCAAGCGGCUAGCACCCCUGAAGAAGUUCCGACAGGACUUCGAGCACAAGGCAAAUGCCAAAAAGGCCCUGGCAGAAAUCACCAAGACGCUCAGCAGUGCGGAGCUGGAAGUCGAGAAGGCACACAUCAUGACAUCUUCAGCAGACUCCACUGGAUCGAAGAUGGAGGAGGAUGAGAUCAGCUCUACCUCCAAGCUCCUGCAACCGGCCGAGGCGGACCUGCAAAAGUCGGUGCAGAUGAUCGAGCGGAGACUGAAGGCGAUCUCGGGCAACGACGGAGAAGCUGAGCAGCAGCGCAAGGAGUUGGAGGACCUACAGAGGCGGAGUGUGGAGACCCGCAACAAAAUGGCAGGUGUCCGCACAGUGCUGAAACGACAAGAAGAAUCGCUUCAAGUCGAUGUCCUCCAGAACCAGGUGUCAGAAAAGGUGGAGCUAGCCGAGGAGGCGUUCCUUGCGACUUCAGAAGCAGAGAUGCCUUUCCUCAAGGGCCUCGAGGUCUUGCCCCGAGAAGAGGGAAUCCAAGCCGUCGCCAUGUGCGAGGCUGCUGCCAAGAAGUGCGAGGUGGCACUGGAGCAAGCCAGGCUCUUGCACGAGAAGGUGGUGGUGGAGUCCAAGACCAAGUUCUCCAAGGAGGUGAAGGAUCGGCUGAAGGAGGAGCUUGCCAAGUUUCGGCUCCGUGGAGAAGAAACAGCGAAGAAGCUCGCUAGCUUCAAGAAAGAGACGCAGCAGCGGAAAGCCCAAGCCAUGCUUCAAGAAGUUACGGAAAAAGUAGCUGAAGCCGAGAGCCAGUGCCAGACUUUCUCAGAGGUAGUGAAGGUCUUGGCCACGGAUAACCUGGCCCAGGUCACGGUCGAUGCCCUGAAGUAUGCCAUUGACCAGUCGCGGGCGGCGGAGAAGGACUCCGUUCGGGCCUACAAUGCGGCCCGAGAAGUCAUCACUGCCAAGCAGAAGCAGGUCAAGGAGAGCUCCCUGUUGUCAGAGCUGUCGAAGCUGCAGAGCAAGCUGGCAGCCGCACAUGCAGAAAUGGUCAAGAGCAGGCAGCUUGCAAAAAAUGGAGAUGCCAUCAUCCGCAGCAGAAAGGUCAUCGAGACAGAAGAAGCAAGGGUCAAAUCCAUCGACGAGCAGAUUGCAGAGAUGGAGAAGCUGGCUUCUCUGCUCGACGGUCCGGAGGUCAAGGCGGAGGACCUGAAAAAUGUCGACGAAACCAUCAAGAAAGCACAAACAGCCACCGCUGGUGGGGCGGCAUCCUUGGAUGCUCAAAUCAAAGGCGCCUCAGCGUCCUUGAAGAUCCCGCUGAACCACUUGAAGGAGAGAGUCAAGGAGGCAGCUCAGAAAAUUGAGAAGGUGAAGCAGACCACGAAAGCCCAGAGAGAGAAGGCUCACGCCGAGGCUUACGUGAAGGAGGCGGAGCAGAAGGUGGAGGUGGUGGAGGCCUCCCUCCAAAAGAUCGCCGAGGCGGAGCUUCCUUUUCUCAAGGGCAUCGAGGUGUUGCCCCUCAAGGAGGCCUCCACGGCCAUCGCGGAUUGCGAGUCGGCUGCAAAGCAGGUGCAGGAGGCCAUGGAGAAGGCCAAGGCGGUCCUGACCGCGCGCGUUUCGGACGUCCACAAGUUCGCAGAGGUGGCCUCGAAGCCAACGCUCGAGCGGCUGCAGAGCCUGGUGGAGCGCAACAAUGCGGCAGGCGUGAAGCUGGGAGCUUUCCGCAAGGACACAGAGAAGCGCAAGCGCACCUCGAAGCUGCAGGAGGCCGAUGAGAUCCUGAAGACUGCAGAAGAGGAGGUGGACCAAGCACGGGAGGCAGCUACGCCUUUAGCUGCGGAGGACCUGAGCACAAUGACUGCCGACACGGCGACGCAGAUCUGCAAGACCCUCGCAGGUCUCGAGAAGGCUGCCGGACAGCGAGUUCACCAGGUCAUCAACUUCCUCGCAGAGCGUCGGAAGGACCGGGACGCUGAAGGUGGCGUGCCAGAGGAGCUGGAGCAGAUGCAGGUGCGGCUUGGCAAAGUGAAGGCGAAGUUGGCAGAGUCCAAGAAGACGACCUCUCUGCUGGAGCAGCGCUUCGUUUCCAAGAAGUUGCUUACCGAGGCUGCUGGUCUGGUGGAUGAGGUUGAGGCCGAAAUUCAGAAAGUGGAGGCAGCAGCUUCUCCGCUCCUGGACAGCUCCAGCCUGCUCGUGCGCUUGAAUGUGCAACGGCUCUCCACCGCUGUCCAGGAACUGAUCAGCAAAGGCCACACCAAGGAGGCACUCUUCGCCAAGGCGUGCGGGGAAGGUGGCACCAAGGUCAGCACGGAGCGAUUCAAGGCCUUCAUUGCGUGGCUGGCCGAGAAUCAGACCUCCGAGGAUGUCGUGUUCUUGGACUCCCAGCUGGAGGCGAUCUUCAAGAAGCUCGACGCGGACAGCAGCGGUGACUUGAACGAGCAGGAGUUUCAGGACAUCUUCUCGGAGUAUUUUCUCUGUGUACAGCCCAUCUCCAUGACAGAUGGGAUGUCCAUCAGCAGCGGUAAGAAUGUCUUGAAGCUGGACGUGGGCAUGGUGGUCGAAGCGCUUGGAAUGCCGCAGUUCGACGAGACGCAGAAGCUCACCCGACUGCACUGCCGAGUGGUGGAAGACACCUCCAAGGAGGGUUGGGUGACGAUGAGGGGCAACCAAGGCAAGGUGUACCUCAGUCGCCAGUCGCCUCAAAACACGGCCCUGAAGUCCUUUGCCAGGAACUACAACACGGUAACAAAGCAAGUGGAGAAGGUCUCAGCUCACAUCACUGACAAACGGAAGGCCAUGGGGACCUGUGCGCAGGGUCCGCUGAUAGAGGCAAGGAGUGAGCUGGACCAGCUCAAAGCAAAGGCCAUCUCCUUCAACAGGCGGCUGAGUGACCUCAAAAGGAAAGUCGAGGCAGCAAAGAAGGAGUACGAGAAGAAAGCCGAAGAGGAGAAGAAGGCCCGCUCGGACGCCCAGGAGCAGAAGCUCCUGCAGGCAGUCACCAAGGUGCUGGACGAGCAGGUUUUGGCCGUGGAGUCCGAGGCAACACGGAUCACCGAGGCCAUGGCUCCGCUGGUGAAGAUCCAAUCGGAGCUGGAGGUCCUGAAGGUGCCAACCUCGCUCCUCAAGGAAGGUGAGCAGAUGAAUACGCAGCUCAAAGAAAAGCUUGCGGCUGUGAGGACCGCGAUUGAGAAGCACGAAGGCCCCAAGGACCAAGGUUCGGGGCAGAUCCGCCAGGCGGUCAAUUCGGCAAAGUGGAAGGUGGACAACAUGGAGAAGGAAGCAGCCAAAGUGCUGGAGGCCGCUCGGGCCACCGCCUCCCGUGUGGCGGACGUCGCGCUUCGGGAAGCUCGGGCUUCCCUGAGGUGUGAGUGCGCCAAGAAGGACACCACUUUGGAUGCAAUCUUCGAUACGAUGCGCGGAGACGCGCCUGAUGGCACAGUUUCCAAAGAAGCAUUUCAGAGGUAUUUGGAAGGCGUGUCCGACCUCGGGCUCAGUGCCGAGCAGGUCUCUCUGGUCUUCGACAGGAUUCCUCAAAGCGAGGAAGGCAUCUCUAGAUGGUCCUUCCUCCGCAGCUUUCAGCAGUUUUUCGUGUGCCAGAAGUCCAUCGCACUGACGUAUGACUUCGUCAUUUCCAACCGCAAGCCGCUGCGAAUGGUGGCCUGUGACGAGGUCAUGGAAGUCCUCGAGGGGCCGCAAACGGAUCCGAAGCUAGGCAUCACGCGGGUGAAAGGCCGACUGCUCGAGCACAACGUGGUCGGUUGGGCCACGGUCUCUGGCAAUCAGGGCUCCCGCUUCUUAAAGGAGAAGGCGAAACCCUACAUGCAGUGCCUCGUGGAGCUGCCUCUGGAGCCCGACUUCUCGACGGGUGAAGCUCCCAUUCGGUUGCUGAAGGCCGAAGAGGUCCUGGAGGUGAUAGAGGGGCCUCGCAAGGACAGCAGCGAGCCGCUGCUUCGGGCUCGUUGCAAGGCAUGUUCAGACCAGGCCGAGGGCUGGCUCACCCUGAAGGGUCCGGCCGGGUUCCUGGCCGAGCAAGGCCGGCACAAGCAUUACAUCUGCAAGACGGCCAUCGCAAUGACCGACAACCAGAACAUCAAGACCUGCAAGGUCUUGCGGAAACUCGAGGUCGGUGAAGUCGUCCGAGUCCUGGAAGGCCCAGAAGUGGACAAGGACUCCAGCGUUUCACGGAUCAAGGCCGUCGCCAGCAAGGAUUCCCUGGAGGGCUGGGUGACCGUGAAGGGAAAUGCCGGGACAGUGUACGCAGAGGAAGCUUCCUCCUUGUACACGGUCCUGCAAGAGGUGUCGCUGCAGCGGUCCUUCAGCACUGAGGGAGCCGAGCAGAUACGAGCUCUUGCGAAAGACGAGGCCAUCGAGGUCCUGGAAGGUCCCAAGGAGGAGGUCCUCGAGCCGGUCCUGCGCUUCAAGGGCCGGGUGUUAGCCGACAGCGCGGUCGGAUGGGUCAGCAUGAACAGCAAAAAGCUGAAAAGCUGGAGCCCACUUUACCGGUGUAAACAGAGCACGGUGCUGCAGUCCACGUUGGCCACGAAGAGCGCCGCGUCGAUCCGGCGAGUGGACGAAGGUGAGAUCUUGGAAGUCCUGGAGGGGCCCAAGGAGGACUCAGAAGCUGGUCUUCUUAGAAUACGAGCAAGAGCUCGGAAAGACCAAGCAGUAGGAUGGAUAACGAUGAAAGGCAAUCAGGGAACUGUUUUCCUGGUGCAGUCUGAAGAUCCGCCUAAGCGACAGUAG